AUGGCUUCUGCCCCUUCGCCCUCGAGCUCUCCGCGACUCCCCAGCCCGCCACCGAUUGCGGAAGAUCAGCUCUCUCCGCUCCCCGCGACCGAAGAGCAACAGAAGCUCUUCAGCUCUCUAGACAAUGGCGCGUCAAGGCGGAUACGGCCAGGUAAAAAGGCUGAGGACAUGACAGAGGGCCCACCGCUAGUAGAGCUGUCAGAGAUCGACUCCGCAUUCCAAUUAACAGAGCAUCUGAAAGCGCUACACAACUUCCUCACACAUCCCAUCGGGGCGGACACCACAACAGCGGUUGACAGAGAAACAGCACAAAAGCUAGCAACGCCGCCGGACAAUGUGGACAAGACACUGUGGCUCUACGAGCUCUGCCGCUUCCUCACACAGAAAGUGAAUGCCAUUAUUAUCGCCCUAUUCUCGGACAGCCCACCAUGUUCGUCGACUACUUGCCCCGAAAUGCGAGCUUCUGAAUGGCAGUACCUCUGCGCAGUUCACGAUCCACCUAAGAGUUGCUGCGCCAUUGACUACUGCUGUCACACUUUGGACUGGGCCGCAAACACCCUGACUUCGCCCAAGAACUUCCCUUCACGACUCGCCAUGGGCACCGAUCAGACUACACAACACCAACAGCAAAGAAAUCUUACUAAUAUUUUCAGACGUGUAUAUAGGAUCUUUGCACACGCUUGGUUCCAACAUCGUGACAUGUUCUGGAAAGUGGAAGGAAGGACUGGGCUGUACAUAUUUUUCAAGACGGUGUGCGACGCGUACGGCCUGAUACCAGAGGACAAUUACACUAUACCACCAGAAGCCGAGGGCUUGGACGUUUCCGAGGAGCCAUCGAAAGCUCCGCCAAUGAUACUAAAGCGGGAACCAUCAGGACCCGGUCUCUUGGACUCGGAGAAUACUUCCGUGAUAGAAGCUGGGGAGCACACGCUAUCUACUGCUGGCACGACGAAGCGCCACCGCCAUUCGCCAUCGGUGAGCGCAACCUCGGUGUCAACAGUAUUAGAGGAGAACGAAGAGGAGGAGCCAGAACAGAAGCAGGGAUUGGCGGCACAAGAUGAAAACAGUGCUGACGCCGUUGCUGCGACAGUCUUAGAGAAGCUACCUGCUGAAGGCGCCGUGGAGCCAGCAAAGGACGGAGAGGCGGGAGGCGAAUCGGAAGCGACAGAGGAACCCGAGGCUCCAGCUGCCGAUGAGUCUCACGCUACUGAAGAGCCGGAAAGGCAAGACAACAGCGAGGAAGAUGACGAGCCGCAAGCCAAGGAAACGACGGCGGAACCUGAGGCUACUGCUGGUGACGAAAGUGGUCCUGCAGCACCUGCAGAAAAUGACGAGGAGAUGCAGGACAAAGUUACGGCAGAAGCGCACGCGACACCAGAGCAGAGGGAAGCGGAGAAAGCGGAGAUGGACGAGAAGGAAGGGGCGGCUGCGGAUAAGGAUAAGGCUACCGCAAGCGAGUAG